AUGAAAAUCAAGGCCCUCACUCGCACUGCGUCGCAGCAGCAGACGCCAGGCACCUCGGUGCAGCGCCAGACUCGCAACCUGGAUCCAGCACUACACCCCUUUGAACGAGCACGCGAGUACACCAGAGCCCUAAAUGCGACAAAGAUGGACCGUAUGUUUGCCCAGCCCUUCCUGGCCCAGCUUGGCCGCGGUCACGUCGACGGAGUAUACACCAUGGCCAAGGACCCCAACUCACUCGAGCGAUUUGCCUCGGGCAGUGGUGACGGUGUAGUCAAGGUCUGGGACUUGACGACAAGAGAAGAGAUCUGGCAGGCACAGGCACACGAAAACAUUGUCAAGGGCAUGUGCUGGACACACGACAAGAAGUUGCUGUCUUGCGGCAGUGACAGAAGUAUCAAGAUGUACGACCCUUACAACCAAGCCAACAAUGCUGCUCCGCUGUCGACAUAUCUGGGUCCUGCCGCUUUCACCUCCGUUUCUAAACACCGUACUGAACCCGCUAUUGCGGCUUCUUCGUCAGUGAUCAGCAUUUACGAUUUAAACCGACCAAACUCUGCACCCCUGCAGACGCUACAAUGGCCUAACAGCAUCGACACUAUUACCGCUCUCAAGUUCAACCAGACCGAAACCUCCAUCCUUGCUUCUACAGCCACCGACCGCUCCCUCAUCUUCUACGACAUGCGCACUUCUUCCCCUCUGCACAAAUCCAUCUUGACUCUCGCUUCCAACGCCAUCUCCUGGAAUCCCAUGGAAGCCUUCAACCUCGCCGUCGCAAACGAAGACCACAACAUCUACAUCUUCGACAUGCGCAAUCUAAAACGCGCCUUGAACGUCCUAAAAGACCAUGUGGCUGCAGUAAUGGACGCCGAAUUCUCACCCACAGGCGAGGAACUGGUGUCUGCAUCCUACGACCGCAGUGUCAGACUUUGGAAACGCAAUGAAGGCCACAGUAGAGACGUGUACCACACAAAACGCAUGCAACGCGUCUUCUCCGCCGCGUGGACGCCAGAUAACAAUUACAUUCUCUCGGGCAGUGACGAUGGCAAUAUCCGUUUAUGGCGUGCCCGCGCUUCUGAACGACAAGGCGUCAAGAGUGCACGACAGCGUCAACAGCUUGAAUACGAUAGAGCACUGGUGGAGAGAUACAAGCACAUGCCUGAGAUCAGAAGGAUCCACCGUCACAGACACUUGCCCAAGCAAGUCAAAAAGGCCUCAGAGAUCAAGGGCGAAGAACUCAAAGCCAUCAAGCGCAGAGAGGAAAACGAGAGGAAGCACAGCAGAAAGGGAGAGACAAAGAGAAGGAGCGAGAGAGAAAAGAUGGUCUUGCAGACCGAGCAAUAG